AUGGAGUUCGGCCACACAACAACCAGGACGCGGCUUGCUCCCCAGGGAAGCGUCAACUUGAAUGAUCUCCGGCUCUCUGUCUCACAAUCUCGAGCUAACUUUACCAGAGUCAGGGCUCGUGCAGGUCGAUCGACGAGCCACGCGGGACCCAAAGCCGAUUUCCUUACAUUCGUCUCACUCACUUGCGAGAUAUACCAAGCCCAGGGAGAUGACCUGGUACCAAUCCAACAGUACCCUUCCGUUCUCGAGACUUACCAGGGGAAAGGACACACGAGCCUCGUCACUCAUGCCCAGCUAGCCCUAGCCGCGCCCUCUAAUUUCAGUCGCGGCACAAUCGGGUCGUACUCGGAGGGCAUCGUCAUCAAGCGGCCAAGGCACAGCAUCCUGGAAGAGAGGGCCGAUGGCCUCAACAGCUUCAUCACAGAAUUGCGCAUUAGAUCCCACGCGCCGCUAAAGUCACAUCCAAACAUCACCCGCCUCCGCGGAGUAGGCUGGGACUUUGAAGACGAGGAUGCCACUAUCCCGCGUCCCAUCCUCCUCGAAGAAUUCGCUCCGCAAGGCGCUCUCGACAACUUUUGGAAAAACUGGAAGUUUGUCAAGAUGAGCUUCAAGGCUAAGUUGGACUUUUGCCGCGACAUCGCGGAAGGGUUAUCCGUGCUUCACGACUGCGGCGUGGUGCAUGGAGACGUCAAGCCCGAGAAUAUUCUCGUCUUCCCUCGGCACGAUGCGCGGGACUCCUUCAUGUUGAAACUUACAGACUUCGGCCACUCUGUCAUAGAAUCCGACACUGCAGAGACGCUGCCAGCAUUCACGCCACAGUGGUCCGCUCCUGAGGUUACCAAGAUGACCAGUAUGACUUUCCAGCAGAUGAAGGCCACGGACUACUAUUCCUUUGGGUUGGUCACACUGUCGAUCAUGCUGGGCCGCCCAUUCUACACGGAAGUGGAAGAAAUCGAGAGCCAUAAACAGGAUGGCAGCAUACUUCUCGAGUUGGUGGGCAUUGUCGAGAAGGAAGAUCGAUGCAACGACGACUCGGACCUCGAGGUAGGCACCAUCGCGCGCCUCCUCAGCAAGACGGUCCAGUUGAACCCCGACGCUCGAAGUUUAAGGGGCUCAAUGGACAUCAUCGACUUGUACUUGGUCGAGAACCAGGUUACGAGUAGCCGCGUGCCGGUUGUUCAUUGCCCCACGGUUCGCGUACCAGCACUCGAUGUCAUCUCCAAGGUAUUCAAUGUCCGAUUCAGUCAAUCUUCGGCCCGUUGA